AUGGCCUGGCCUCCCCUGGCUUCUGCCGGCCCUCGGCUGUGCCGUACAAACUCGCCGAGCCCAUGGCGCCUGCGGGGCGAGGUCGAUCGCCAAAGAGCCGAUCAUCAGAUUCAGAGACAGCGCUUUGCUGCUGCCCUCGCUGCAGCGAUGAGCGCUGCUUGUGCUGGUCUUCCGGCCCUGGGCGCUGGAACGCGUCGUGCGCGAGCCGGAAGGACUUCCCGGGUGAGGCGAGGCGCCUCCGCGUCCAGACAGGAAGAUCCUCUGCGCAACGAAGAGGUGGAACCCUUGCCCGGACAUGAGCAUACCUGCACCAUGAUCUACCUCCAUGGCUACUGCCGACUGGGCUCGGAGUACCUGCCGAAGGGCCAGCUAUGCUUUUGCAUGCCAUGGGCCCCAGGUGGGGACCGUGCUCGAGGACUCAGAGCAGUUUUGCCCACAGCCCCAGAGUUGCGCCAACCGUGGGGUGAGGAGGCCACGUCCUGGUAUGGUUACGAGUCGCCCCGGCAUAAUCGUGUGGGUGAUCCGCGAUCGUUGCAGGAAACGCGUUCUCGCCUCGAUGCUGUUGUGCGGCGCGAGGUCGAGCGGGUGGGAGGCGGCCGCCGAGUCUUCCUGGGUGGUGCCUCACAAGGCUGCACUGUGGCUCUGGACACCUACCUCAGGCUUGCCUCAGAACUCAGACUCGGUGGCUUUGUGGGCAGCAUUGGCUUCAUGCCAACGGACUCGAAAGGCUUCCCUGGCUCCAACCGGGCCCUGCGGAAGCUGCUGCAGGACGAGGAGCAGGCACGGCGGCCGAUUUGGCUGCAGUGCGCCAUGGAUGACUACGAAGCGGUGCCUUGGAGGAGCGUUGUCGAGCCGUCACUUCGGCGUGCUAGCGGGCUUCCUGGACUCCUCCUACGGCAGGUCGUUGGUCGAGGGCACGGUAUCGAAGAGUGGGAGGCUCACAUCGUCAACGACCUCCUCCGUGAGUAUGCUCCCUACGCUUAUGGCUAG